CAUACUACGCGUUUGACAGAGAGGUAUAUAUGCAAUCUCAUUCAAGAGCUCCAAUUGGUUGUAUAACGACUGUUAACGAAACUUGGCCAUACUGCGAUAUUCAAUGGAAAAUUUUAAAUGAAGGUCCCUGUGCCAGUCAACCUGAUGGCCAGUCAGUAUGUGGCUUUACAAGCCAAGGGCUGACGGCAUGGGGCAUGAAACAUAAUUACUACAAUCACUGGUCGUACAGCACGAUUUCCAUGACUGUUAGACUUAACGAGACACCUUCUUCUGAAGACGUUUAUCAAGUGAAACUUGCGCCAGUAGGUUCUGGACAUGCGUUUUGGAAUGGGUACAGACAAUCGGACAUGAAGCUCUAUUUCGAUACUGGAAACGAGAUCAAUUCAUCAGUUCAUAUCGGAUGGGACACAAUCGACAGAAUAACUGUCAUUAGCAAAACUGAAGAAGUUUCCGACGGCCUUAACAAAACACAUUCUCUGGAGGUAAAUGAAGCAGGGGAACUCCUUCUUCUAAGAAGCAACUUAUUUCCAGUUGAGAUCCAGAUUAAAAUGGGACCAUGUACAAAGACACAAACACGUAUGUGUCUUUGCGCUGUAACGUCUCGAAAUGGAAACAACAUUUACACGAUCGACAUAUGUGACUCAAUCAAGGUAGAAGGAUUUUUGAUGUUGGAUCCAGAUGGGGACGCUAUGAAACAAUACCACACAGCAUAUAUGUGGUGGUACGAAAAGCAAGCAAUAUAUAGCGUUCGACUUCUAAACGGCAUUCAAAUAACGGUGAACAUGGACUUUCACACUAAUGCACUCGAAAUGCAUAUAUCAGAUAGAAAUGAGAAAUUAGUUACCAUGGAUGGCCUUGCUGCGUUUCAAGAAAUGCAAUAUAGAUUGAGCAACGGUUCCUUUAGUAUGAAUAGCGAUGGGUUCUUGAAAAGCUGGAGGUAA